GCAAGCACUCAGCAGCUCAGUGCAAGUUCAAAGAAUAUGAGUGCCAUUUCUGUCACAAGAAGGGGCACCUUGCCUCAGUUUGUCGAAAAAGAAAAGACAAUGUAUCUGAAGAAAGCGCAAAAACAGUUUUAAUUGACAGUGAGGACAGUGGUGACAAAUAUUAUUUACACAGUGUUGGUGGAGGAAGUACAGACCCAAUAUUAGUGGAGAUUUCAUUGAAUGGGACUGAUGUCCAGAGGGAAGUCGAUACAGGAGCAUCUGUCUCGCUCAUUAGCGAAGAAACUUUGAGCUUAAUAAAGAAUGAAAACACGUGUAUCACUAAGGUGAAAGACAAACUUCUCACCUAUACGGGGGAACGAAUUGCCGUACUGGGUACCGUCAAUGUUGAAGUCCAACACAGAGGUGAAACGCACACCCUGCCCCUUUAUGUCACAAAGGGAGCGCACCAACCUUUGCUAGGAAGGAACUGGCUGUCAAAAGUGCAACUUGAGUGGCAACACAUUCUAACGAUUCGAACUGAACGUAGACUCCAAGACAUUCUAGACGAGCAUCAAGAUGUAUUCAGGCCAGGACUGGGGAAGAUGAAGGGUGUCAAAGCCAAGAUCCAUAAUAUGGAGGCAGAAGAAACGCCCAAGUUCUUUAAGGCCAGAACUGUGCCGUAUUCAAUGCGGGCUAAACUGGAAAAGGAGUUGGACCAGCUACAGUCUCUGGGAGUGAUCAAACCAGUCCAAUUUUCAGAGUGGGCAACGCCCGUAGUUCCCGUCAACAAGGACGAUGGACGAGUACGACUAUGUGGAGACUACAAAGUCACACUAAAUCGAAGCUGCAAGGUGGAUAAGUAUCCCCUACCGAGAAUUGAGGAUCUUUUUGCUUCUCUUUCUGGCAGAAAGAAGUUCACAAAGCUAGACCUGAAACAUGCGUACCAGCAGAUUGAACUGGACGAGGAGUCGAAACCGUUAACAACCAUUAACACGCACAAAGGUCUAUUUCAGUACGAUUGCUUACCUUUUGGAGUUUCGUCCGCACCAUCAAUUUUUCAACGAGUGAUGGAAAACCUAUUGCAAGGGAUACCUGGAGUGUGUAUCUACAUAGACGACAUAUUGAUCACAGGUCACACGGAAGAGGAGCACUUGGAGCACCUGACAGAAGUCCUUACCAGAUUGUCGAAAGCUGGGCUCACCCUCAAGAAGGUAAAAUGCUCAUUCUUUUUGGAUUCGGUGGAGUACCUCUGACACAUAAUCAGCAAGGAUGGACUGCACACAUCGGAGUCGAAGGUCAAGGCUGUUCUAGAGGCACCCUCUCCGAAGAAUGUGCCAGAGCUGAGGUCGUUUUUAGGUCUUAUGAACUAUUACGGCAAGUUUCUGCCCGACCUGGCCUCUGUUCUGGCUCCACUGUAUACCCUACUCCAGAAGAAGAAGAAGUGGAAAUGGGGUUUAAAACAACAACAAGCCUUUGACCAUGUGAAGAACCUCCUGAAUUCUUCAAGAGUACGAGUUCAUUUCGAUGACAAGCUACCGUUGGUUCUGUCGUGCGACGCCUCACCAUAUGGAGUAGGGGCUGUCUUGUCACAUGUAAUGGCCAAUGGAGACGAGCGACCAAUCUGCUAUGCCUCGAGAACACUAUCAGAAACUGAAAAGAAAUAUUCACAGCUUGACAAGGAGGCUUUGGCCAUAGUGUUUGGUGUAAAGAAGUACCAUCAGUAUCUCUAUGGGAGACAGUUUGAACUUAAAACUGACCACAAACCUCUAACUUACAUUUUCAGUGAAACAAAAGCCACCCCAACAAUGGCUUCAGGACGGAUUCAGAGAUGGGCACUUAUCCUAGGUGCUUACUCCUAUACCAUCAGCUACAAGCCUGGGAAGGAGAACGCAAAUGCGAAUGCCUUGAGUCGUCUGCCGCUCCCAAACACCAGGAAGGAAAUACCCGAAGUUCCAGAAGUGGUCCAUCUCAUGGAGUUUCUAGACUCUACACCAGUGACCAGCACACAAAUUGGAGAGUGGACUCGUCGUGAUCCGGUGCUGGCUAAAGUGAAAGAUUGGAUCUUAACGGGUUGGCCAGCUGAAUGCCCCGAACAGGAAGAGACAUGACCUUAUUGGAGAAGAAGGUAUGAACUAAGUGUUGGACAAAACUGUGUGUUGUGGGGUAGUCGAGUAGUUGUACCCCCUAAAUGUCGAAGCCGAGUAAAAACGAUGUUGCAUGAGGCCCACCCAGGCAUUGUACGAAUGAAAUCCUUGGCUAGAGGAUAUGUGUGGUGGCCGAAAAUUGAUGCAGAAUUAGAGGGAGUAUGCAAAUCUUGUGUGAUAUGCCAGACUCAACAGAAAACACCCCCUGUUGUACCCUUGCAUCCAUGGGCAUGGCCAAACAAACUAUGGUCACGAGUCCAUGUGGACUAUGCCGGUCCUUUUAUGGGCAAAAUGUUUUUGAUUAUGUCUGACGCACAUUUGAAAUGGCUGGAAGUACACAUGACUACCACUACGACGAGUGCUGUUACGAUCGAACUCAUGAGGAAGUCAUUUGCCUCACUGGGAUUACCAGAAGUGAUUGUCUCAGACAAUGCUACAACG